AUGAAGUGGUGCCUUUCGUUGCUUCUCUGCUGCUUCUUGGCUGCGGUCAACGCUCUUAGUAGCUCCGGCAGCCGUCUGCUGGUCGUCUUGGACGAGUCCACUGAGAAGAGCGCUUACUCGACAUUGUGGUCUGACCUGGAAGGCCGCGGCUACGACCUAUCCUUCAAGUCGCCCAAAAGCGACAGCUUGUCCCUCUUUGAGCAUGGCGAGCGAGCUUACGACCACCUUCUGAUUCUCCCUCCGAAAUCCAAGGGCCUCGGCCCCAACCUUACCCCGAAAAACGUCUUGGACUUCCUGGACAAGGACGGCAACAUCAUCCUUGCCCUCUCUGGCAAGUCCUCCACUUCCAGCGCCAUCAGCUCCCUCCUCCUCGAAUUCGAUAUCCACCUGUCGAAUGACCGUUCCGCCGUUGUUGUCGACCACUUCAAUUACGAUACCGUCUCGGCUACCGAGAAGCACGAUGUGCUCCUCCUCAACCGUCCUGGACCUCUGCGUCCUGACGUCAAGGCCUUCUUCGAUGGCGAGGGUGUCCUCGCACUUCCCCGUGUUGCUCCUCAGACCCUGGGUAACACUAGCCCUCUGAUCUCGCCCAUUCUUCGUGCUCCUGAGACCGCCUAUGCCUACAACCCCAAGGAGGAAAUCCCAGCGGCCGAUGACAUUGAGGCGACUGGAUCCCAGCUGAACAUUGUUUCUGCUCUGCAGUCCCGCAACUCGGCUCGCCUCACCAUCCUUGGCUCCGUCGAGGCUCUGGAGGACAAGUGGUUCUCGGCGACUGUCAAGACUCCCGGCGGCAAGAAAACCACCACUGCCAACCGCGAGUUUGCGAAGCAAUUGACUGCAUGGACCUUCAAGGAAACUGGUGUCCUGAAGGUUGACAAGAUCGAGCACCAUCUCGCUACUAACGGCGAGGUUUCUGUGGAUGACCUCAACCCUAAGAUCUACCGUAUCAAGAACGAGACUUUCUUCAGUAUUGAGAUGUCCGAAUAUGCCUACGAUAAGUGGGUUCCCUUCGAGGUUCCCGCCGGGGAUGAGCUGCAGCUGGAGUUUACCAUGCUGUCCCCCUUCCACCGUCUGGCUCUCCAGCCUACCGGUAAGACUGAGACCAGCACUGUCUUCAGCGCUCAGUUCGUCACGCCUGAUCAGCACGGCAUUUUCUCCUUCCGUGUGAACUACAAGCGACCUUUCCUUACCAAUGUCGAGGAGAAGCACGAGGUGACUGUGCGUCAUUUUGCUCACGACGAGUACCCACGUAGCUGGGCCAUCAGCGGUGGCUGGGUUUGGAUUGCUGGUCUGUGGUCGGUGAUUGGAGGGUUCCUGGCGUUUGUUGUUGUCUGGCUCUACUCAGCACCUGUUGCUGAUAAGCUCAAGAAGACGCAGUAA